UAUGAACUCUUAAAUGUGUUUUUUGUCGUCGUUUAUUGAUUUUUUUCUGUCCAUGACACGAAAGGCAAUGGGUGAUCCGAAAUCUAUCCAGAGGAGAUUUGAAGCGGCGGUUAAAGUGAUCAGAAGUUUACCUGAAGAUGGUAAUUCCUCCAGCAUUACAGAUGACAUGCUUGUACUGUUCUACAGUUACUACAAACAAGCCACAGCAGGACCAUGUAACACCCUAAAACCCAAUUCUUGGGAUCCUGUUGGUAAAGCUAAAUGGGAGAAAUGGAAAGCCUUAGGAAACAUAUCAAAGGAUCAAGCCAUGAUGGAAUAUGUUCAAGAAAUACAGCUGAUAAUAGAGACCCUUCCAGUCACAGACAGGAUGGAAGAAUUAACGGAUGCUCUUGACCCAUAUUAUGAGAUAGCUGAGGAUGAGGAAGAAGUAGUGCCCAGAAGACCGGCAAAAAAAAAAAAAGAAAAAGAGGACAGUGAUGGCGGUGCUGAGGAAGACAAAGGGGAUGAGAGUGAAAGUUCUGAUGAGAAUAUAGAAGAUGACAUGGAGAUGGAAGAGAACAGCAAAGACUCGAGGACUCUGGCAGAAGGCAGAGGAGGUUUACCUUUGUUUAAUGAAAGCACAUCUUCCUCGACCAGUGACACUCACAGCUCUCUGAACACUGAGGAAGAAGAGGAGGAACUGGCAUACAGCAGAGAGCCCACCACAAAGCCUCCAGAGUUCUGCCAAUCCAACAACUACCCCAAUGCGUAUGAUCAGGAUGAUGAGACGAACAGCGAAUCAAUGGAACAGCCAGUAACACAAGAGAAGGGUUCAGGAGUUCCCAGGGUACAUUUGGCAGGCAUGAGUGUGGCUGAAGCCAAGAUGCAGGAGCAACAAGGGGGAAACAGAGAGCCACAGUGUGGGAGUCAGGAUGGAAAACCACAGGGAGUUACACCCCCACUCCCCCACCCACUGGCAUUUGGAAAUGACAGAACCUUGCCACACAGAAGAAGACGAGUAAGCUCACAAGCUAAUCGGUGCCAAGGAGAUGGUGAACACUGGGAGACAAAAGGAAUCAAGGACAAAAAGGCAUUGAACACCCAGAUUGCCAUGACACUGUCACAGUUACAGGACAAUAUGCAGGAUGUGCUGCAAAGAUUGACCGCACUGGAAGUUCUGACAGCAUCACAAGCUGAAAUCAUUCAUCUUGAAAGUUGGCAGUCAAAAUCACCAAAAAAGAGUUUACCCUGGUGGCCAUUAGACAUGUCCCCAUGCUCUGUAGCACUGGCUGUUAUGUGGCCUUUUGCUGUGCAUUGGCUUGUGAAGUUUUACUUACAGAAGAGGAAGCGAUGAUGAAAGUUAAAUCCAGUAAAGUGGAGAUACAGUAAUUAUGUGGGGCCUGGGUAGCUCAGAGAGUAUUGAGGCUGACUACCACCCCUGGAGUCGCGAGUUUGAAUCCAGGGUGUGCUGAGUGACCAGUAGCGGUUCUAGCUUGUAUGGCGCCCUGGCGAAACCCGCUUCAACACGCCCCCGAAGUUGUUGACCGGAGUGGUCUGUGUGGGUGCCUCGUGCCGCCCCCCCUGCAAGACGCCGCCCUGGCCAACUGCCCAAGUUCCCCAUGCCUAAAUCCGCCACUGUGAGUGACUCCAGCCAGGUCUCCUAAGUAAACAAAUUGGCCCGGUUGCUAGGGAGAGUAGAGUCACAUGGGGUAACCUCCUCGUGGUCGUGAUUAGUGGUUCUCGCUCUCAAAGUUGUGUGUGGAUCGCGGAGAGUAGCAUGAGCCUCCACAUGCUGUGAGUCUCCGCAUUGUCAUGCACAGCGAGCCAUGUGAUAAAAUGCAUGGAUUGACUGUCUCAGAAGCAGAGGCAACUGAGACUUGUCCUCCACCUCCUGGAUUGAGGUGAGUAACCGCACCACCACAUUCCAAAUUGGGGAGAAAAGUGGAUUAAAACAAAACAUAGUAUUUAUGUUAUUAUUACUGUCAAUGUUCAUUUGAUUGCAUUUUCAAGCACUUAAUGCUUUUGCAAGGUGAAUAAAACAUUUUA